AUGGCGGCCGGGGGGAACACAAACAUGGGUGUCGACAACAAGAGGAAAGACGAGUCCUUCUCCGAGACCGUAAAACCUUUGAUAAGUGAAGUGUUGCAGAGAAUAGGCCCCGAAACCUCCGCAGGAACCCAGGGCGAUGCGGCGGACAGCUGUUCCACCACAGAGUACUGCGAGCGGCUGCAGGCGUGGAUGUGGAACUAUCACACGGGCUACGUGCAGUGGCAGAGCUGGGUCUCCGCCGCCGCCUUGUACCCCUACUCUAUGCACUUAGCAAGCAGUGUAGACGCAGCUCUGUGCCCGUACCCCCCGACGGCAGCCCCCUCCAGCCGGGGAAAUGCAGCUGGUCCCGGGGCAGCAGCGCCACAGCGGCCGCAGGAGAAUGGAGACGUGCAGAGGCCAGGCCGAGAGUACAGUAUUCCCUCACCCGUUCAAAGACUAUUUGCUGAGAUGGUGGAUUUCUUCAUUUUGUUUUUUAUUAAAGCUUCAAUCAUUAUCAGUAUUAUGCAUCUAAGUGGAAUAAAGGAUGUGUCCAAGUUUGCCAUGCAUUUUAUAGUAGAAGAAAUAGACGAGGACACAUCCAUGGAGGAGCUACAGAAAAUGAUGCUGGUUGCACUGGUUUACCGCAUAUUAGUGUGCUUUUAUGAGAUUGUGUGCAUUUGGGGAGCUGGUGGGGCCACUCCAGGGAAGUUUCUGGUCGGACUGAGAGUGGUGACAUGCGACUCGUCAGUCCUGGUUCAGCCCAACAGAGUAUUUGUGGUACCUGCAACCAAUGUGUCCUUCUCAGCAUCGACUGUUCGAGCCUUGAAUAAAAACUUCUCCAUUGCCUUCUUCUUCCCGGCCUUCAUAACGCUGCUGUUCUUCCAGCACAACAGGACUGUGUACGACAUGGUUGCUGGGACGAUUGUUGUCAAACGCUCCAGACUGAGAUGA